CGCGACCAUAAGAGACAACAGAAGCGCCUGCCUUUAGGAAGCGGCCAUUAAUCCAACGAAAUACAUACAUUUCUCGGCUGAAAUUGUUCUACUUCUUCCACUACAUUGAUUUGGCAUUUUAUUAGUAAGCAAAAUGGGAAGGAGCCGGAGUCGAACUCCUCCAAGAAGAGAGAGAAGGCGUUCCCGCUCGACCUCACGGGACCGUGAGCGAAGGCGAAGGGAAAGGGAACGCUCUCGUUCUCGAGAUCGGGACCGCGAGAGACGGAGAAGCCGCUCCAGAUCACCUCACAGGAGACGCUCAAGCAGGUCUCCCCCCAGACGUCAUCGCUCCUCCUCCUCUGAGCGCCGUGAUGAAGACCGCAAAGAUUCUAAGGAAAAGUCAGCGAAGCCUAUUCAGAUCUCAGAGGAAGACAUGGAGGGCAAAACCGAAGAGGAAAUUGAGAUGAUGAAACUGAUGGGAUUUGGCUCCUUUGACACCAGCAAGGGCAGGAAAACUGAUGGAUCAGUCAACGCAUUUGCUAUCAAUGUGAGCAUGAAGAGAAAAUACAGGCAGUACAUGAACAGAAAAGGUGGGUUCAACAGACCCCUGGACUUCAUCGCCUGAAAGUUUGAAGAGCUCAUUUAAUACCCGAGAAGCUUAGCUCCUGUCUCUCCUCCAUGGUAGUGGAUGAUAUUGUGCUAUUUCUUGUUAUUUCAAACCUAUUUUGUGUUAUGCAACCGUGGUGUAUAUACAUUUUUUUGUUUUUGUUUUGUGUUUUACAAGUUUCUCUCCUACCAAGCCUCAGCUGUGUCUGAAUAUUGAUAUGAACAACACUGCAUGUGGCUUUGUGUUGUUGAGGUGUGUGCGUGGAGUUUUAUUUUGAAAUAAAAUCAUUUUAAAAAGGU